AUGAAAUCUAUCUAUCUAUCGCAGUCCGUUCAGUAUCUAUCUAUCUAUCUAUCUAUCUAUCUAUCUAUCUAUCUAUCUAUCUAUCUAUAUGAACGGUGGGGAAUUACAGCUGAGACAUCACCAACUUGUCCAAAACUGACGAAGAAUACCCCCAGUCGCUCUUCUGUCAGAUCCAUGAGCACCCAGUGUAGCCUCACCUGGUCAUCUGAGUGUUCAUGUAUUCAGUUUGCUUGUCUGUUUGCUGCCCGCCCUUUUUUUGUUUCCACCUCACAUGCCAACACUUGUUUGGCCUGCCUUCCGUCUACUCGCUUACUUUCCUGGAUUAGCCUUGAAUAUUUUCCCCCCUGCUUUCUCUUUUUCUUCCUGUUUAUCCUUUUAUUAACACGUUUUAUUCUCUUCUUUGCUUUUUUUGUUAUUUCGGCAUCCAUUUUACCCCUACCGCCGCUAUUUCGUUUGUAUUUCUUCUUUCUUUCUUUCUUUUUCUUUCUUUCUUUCUUUCUUUCUUUUUUUCUUUCUUUCUUUCUUUCUUUCUUUCUUUCUUUCAAAUUCUUAACUUUGAUUUCCGUUUCCUAA